AGCAGCAAAUAUUUCACGUAUUUCUAGUUGACCGUCGCCGCGGAAAGACGCGUCGAACGUUGUAUUAUCUGUGGCAUCUACCUGACAUAAAUAUUAUAGUGCCUGUUCGAUAAUAAAAUGGAUUUAAGCGUCGAGGAGUACAUCGAUGUCCUCUUUUCGAAAGAGUCGACGGAAAAACCAUCAGACACAAAAAGACCGGAAGAGUUGGAGAUGAGGAUACCGGAAUGGUACGAUGAAAAAAAAUUUAACCAGUACAGCUCGACGAUUUUAUUGGGACCAUUGUUUUCAAUUCAGUAAUUCAAUGUUGGUCGGUCUUGUUGCGGUAUUCGCAGUACCCUCAAUACUCAAAAUCCUUAUAAGUACUAGAAGGUCUAACUCAGUGUACACAUCAUAUAAAAGAUAUUUAUCUACGGUCCUACACACUGUGUCUUGGUUUGAACACGAGUUUAAGCCUGGAAGUAUAUCUUGGAAAUCAUUAAUGGCAGUCCGCACUCGACACGUAAAAGCGAGUUUAGCGUCCAAAAUUAAGGGAGUUGGAAUAAUCUCUCAAAGGGAUUUGGCCAUAACUCAAUUUGGAUUCAUCGGUAUAUCAUUAUUAAAGCCAGAUAAGUUCGGCAUUCAGCAACUACAACCAGGUGAUUGGGAGGCCUAUAACCAUUUUUGGAGAACGAUCGGCUACGCUAUCGGCUUAGAAGAUAGGUACAACAUUUGUCGAGCUACUUUCAAAGAGACCCAAGAAGUUUGUCAUAUUCUCAAAGAUCGUGUAUUCAAACCGUGUCUAACAAAUGUACCAGAAUAUUUUGAGCACCUUUCGCGUUGCUUACUUGAUGCUAUGUGGUGUGUUAAUCCCACGAUUAACAUUGAUGGAUUGCUUUAUUUGACGAAGCACCUUAUGGAUGUGCCGGGCUACGUUUAUACGGAAACAGAAAGGGCCAACUUACAAGACAAAAUAAGAGAUAUGCUCGGCGGACAGUCUGAAGACAUAGGUGUCGAUGUCAACAGAUUCAUAUUAGAACCGGCCAUAGAGGGAUGUCCUAAGCCAUCGUCUAGGCUUCUAUACCUACGUCACUAUGAUAGUAUCGAAACUAUCCCCGAAUAUCAAAGUCUGCCUUUCGCUGGCAAAUAUAGAUUAGCUAUAAUCACCCUAUUUUCUGCAUUCUAUACGACUUACUGGGGAAGGUUAUAUUUAAACAUAAACUUUAAAGUCACGAUAUUUCUCCUAAAAUAUUUUCCCUUUUUGGCGUUCCCGCGAUUCGGGUAUUUUGCUUCAUUUGUUAAUGUUUUUGAAGAAGACCCGACUGAUGAUGCCAAGGUCAAACCAAACUCGGAAUAUUAUAAACCAAAACCUAAACAACCAUGGUACAAAGCAUAUCUACCGUUCUAAUCGUUUUAAAAAUAUUGUUGCUCAAAGCAAAACCUUGUUAAAAACAGGUUGUGGCGUAUAUAACAACUAUUUAGAUUUUCGAUAACAAAUUGUUCGGGAAAACAAGGCUUGCAUGUAAGGUCAAAAUAUUUAAGUUAUUCCUUUGUUAUUAUAAUUGUGGUUAGAGGACUAGAGCAGUAUUAUAAACAAUGCGAUAAAGUAAAAACUUCUCACAUUGUAAUUCUUCAGACCAGUUAUGUAAUUUGUAUCAGGUGCAAUAGUGCAGUAUUUUUGCAUUUAGUUUUUUAUUUUAUAUAACCCUAUGACGAAUACGAAAAAGAUCGUAAAGAUAUAAAAAUAAGAAUGACAAUACCUGUGACAAUAUAUUAGAAAAAAUAUUUACAAUAAAGUAUUUAAAUACGGUAUCUAUAUUGUAGUGUCUAAUUGGUAUUAUUCAUUUAAAUACCACCAUAUAUACCUCGAAGAGAUUUGAUUGAUUUUAAUCACGUAUUACUCGCGAUUCUAUGCAUUACAAUUAUUAUUAUAAUAAGGAAUAAAUGUACAUUAAAAAGAGAAGACUAUGGUGGUUUUGACUAGCCUGGUCUAAUCAGGAUCUUGGAAGAUUUUUAAGUCCCAAUAAUAAAAUUCAAGUUUUUUAAA